CAUCAAUACGCACACAACGAGAGAAUGGCGAGUGAAAAGCACAUCCUCCUCAUCGGAGCCGGCGAGUUAGGCACCGCCUUCCUCCCACAUCUCUCUGAACUCCCCGAUACUCACGUCAUUGUCGGUGUCCGCACGCCCUCCAAGUACAGUCAGCUCGCCGGCCCGAACAUAUCCUUGACCUCACUGGACACAACCGGACCAUCAGACGAGCUGGCUCAGAACUUCGCCAAAUAUGACGUCGUAAUCUCUGCUACUGGAUUCGGACAAGCGGCCGGGAUAGUCACCAAGCUCGCCAAGGAGAUCCUCGAAGCCGGGAAACUACGAAAGCAAGCUGGACAGGGAAAGCUGUGGUUCUUUCCCUGGCAAUGGGGCGUCGACUAUGACAUUACUGGCGACGGGCAGGGCUUGAUGCCGCUUUUUGGGGAGCAGAAAGACGUCCGGGAUUUGUUACGAGCUGAAGCCGCCGGGGCUUAUGUAAAAUGGACUGUCAUGUCCACCGGUAUCUUUAUGAGCUUCCUGUUCGAACAAUUCUGGGGCAUCGUGGAUCGACAGGGUGACAAUAUAACAGUGCGGGCGCUGCGAGAUUGGGACCACAAGGUGACCGUCACCGACGUCCAAGAUAUCGGAAAGAUACUGUCCAGAGUUGUUGCAGAAGACAUGGAAGCCGAGAAUCGAGUUAUAUACUCUGCUGGUGACACUGUCAGCUAUGCGCAGCUGGCGGACAUCGUCGAGCGGGUCACGGGAAAGGCAGUGGUGCGAGAGGAGUGGACGAUUCAGCACUUGGAAAAGGAGCUGGCAAAGGAGCCAGACAACCUGAUCAAGAAAUACCGGCUGGUCUUUGCUAGAGAUGGGGUCUGGUGGGAUAAGAAACUCACGGUGAACCACAAGCUGGGCGUCCCCGUCACCGAUGUCGAGACGUAUGCGAAGGGAUUAUUUGGAGCAUAGGAACGGGUAGAAAUGAAGGCUUUUG